AUGGCAAUACCGCCCUCUGCGGUCGUAUGGGCCAUCAGGGCUUUCUACCUCUUCAGCUCUGCUGCCAUCAUCACAGUCUGCCUCAUCCCGGCCUUCGCCGACAGGUUUCUUGCGUACGGCGCAAGGGCACGGCGUCACACGAUUGACACGCGUGGCAAGCGAGGAACUGUAGGACAGAGUCAACAGUCGGUAGGCACCCAGCUCCUCGACCACCUUGCUACAUUUACUGUGCCUCAUUCGUGGUUCACACACUUCUACGUCCUCUCUCUUGUGUGCUCACUCACCGCCUUAUCUACCUUCUACUACUAUGGGUACUAUGCUGGAGCGACUAUCAAGCAGAACCCGGACCUUGCAACUGCGGCCUUCGGUGCCCAUUUGAUGCUGUUGCAAGGCCUGCGAAGACUGCUCGAAUGUGUUUACGUUACUCGAAACAGCACGUCGCGGAUGUGGGUCGGUCACUAUGCAAUUGGGAUGGCGUUCUACAUAGCCACCAAUAUGGCAAUCUGGAUUGAGCAAUUAUGUCGACCACCGUCUCCAAGGCCAGCCACAGCAGAACAAAUCGUUUUCUGGACAUGGAGGACGAUCAUCUGCACUGUCCUUUUCUUCGGCGCUUCAGAACGACAAAACCGCUAUCACCGGUAUCUAUCCAGCCUGAAGAAAUAUUCUUUACCUGAGAAAUACGCUUUCCGAUAUUUGAUUGCGCCGCACUACACCAUGGAGUGUGUGAUCUACCUGAGCAUGGCCCUUCUGGACACGCCAUCCAUAUUCAAUCAGGAGAGCCAGCUCCCAAUGGCCACAAAAAUCAACUGGACGCUCGUCUGUGCCCUGAUGUUUGUGGCGGUGAACCUUGGUGUCACAGCAGACGGGACCAAGGAGUGGCAGCGCCAGAAAUUCCACGAGAACAGCUCCGAGAUCGAGAAGCGGUGGAGGAUCAUUCCAUGGUUGUUCUAA